AUGAAUUACCUCUUCGAUGCUGCUUUAUCACCAAACACCAGACUUACCUACCGUUCUGGACUCUCAUCCUACAGAAUGUUUUGCCACCACGCCUCUAUCCGGAUGUUUCCGCUCAUUGAAUCCCACCUUCAGCUCUAUGUCACUUUUAUGUCAACGCGGGUCAAAUAUGCUACUAUUAAGGUGUACUUGUGUGGGAUACAGUACCAAAGUCUAAUCUGUGGAUUUUCAGAAAAGAUAUUUGACAUGGGAAAAUUGUACUACGUAAUGAGGGGUAUUCGGCGAACUGAGAAUGUUGUAAGCCGCCAGAGACUGCCAAUCACGCCCUCCCACCUACACGAAAUGCUCAGAUUUAUCAACAAUUCAUGUUUUUCAUUUUGUGACAAAGCUAUGUGGCGAUGCCUUAUUUUGUUUGCCUUUUUUGGUCUGUUAAGAGUUUCGGAAUAUGUUUGCCCUUACAAAACCAAUUUUGAUCCCAAUAUUCACUUGUCCCCAUCCGAGUUUAGCUUCUCACCUUGCAACAAUACUCUUUAUAUGACUAUCAAAAGUUCUAAAACCGAUCCCUUUAGGAAAACAUUUCGAAUUAGGUUUGGGAGGAUUCAGGGUGAUUUGUGUCCUGUCAAAGCUUUCUCUCAAUUUCUUGUGUACCGAGGUACUCAUCAGGGUCCUUGGUUUGUUCUCUCCAACGGCGAAUUUGUUACUAGGAUUUUAGUUUCUGCCUUUGUAAAAAUUAGUGUAAAUGGGCCAUAUCUCAAUACGCAUAGCUUCAGGAUUGGUGGGGCCUCUGCCGCAGCAUGUUGCGGUAUUCCAGACUCUGCCAUUAAGAUCUUAGGCAGACUAGGUCCUGUGGUUACAUACACAAUUCGUGUUGUAAUAUGGAUUUUAUAUAUGUCAACUAUUGUACAGUUUUACGUGUAUCUAGGCUCCUUUGUAUGUAUGUAUGUUGUUGACGCAUAUAAGCCGCUCAUGAUUAUUGAUAACACAUGUUUAUUAGGUGCAGAAGACACCAUAUGUGAUUAUCGGUUUAUAGUGAAGUGCAGUGUACCUUCAUGA